UUUAUAACAGCCAGCGCGUCUCAGUGUUCAGUCCACAGUGUCUCCUGUCCUGUCAGCAGUCUGUCUGAGAUGAUGUCCAGCUGGGUCGUGUUUAUGUUGAUGGUAUGUGGAGCGGUCCGGGAUGUGACUUCAAAUUUGACUGUGAUAGACGAUGAGUUUCUAAAUCCUGAGAAAACGACAGAAGAAGAUGUGAGAGUUCUGCUGAAGCAGCUCACGGCCCGAGUGGAGGAACUGGAGCGAGAGCGUGAGAACAGAGGUAAAUCUCAGGUGGCGUUUUCUGCCGCCCUCUUCACCAACGAGCAGUGGACCCAUCAUGGGCCUUUCAACACCGACACCACGCUGGUGUUCAGGAAGGUGACGACAAACAUUGGCAAUGCAUACAACCCCGAGACAGGCCUCUUCACAGCGCCAGUGAAGGGACUCUACUACAUCCGGUUCACUGGCUGUGUUGGAGAAUCGGGGUCGCUGAAUGCAGCACUGAUGAAGAACGGACAGAACAUGUUCGCCAUCUUUGACACUCGGAACACUCAUGGCAGCGGGUCCAACGGCAUGGCACUGGUUCUGGAGGAGGGAGACCGGCUCUCUGUCACCCUCUGGUCUGGGCAGAGCAUCUUUGAUCAGAGUCGGCUCAGCACCUUCACUGGCUUCCUCGUCUCUCCAGUGUAGGCGAGAAACCUUCUGCCACCAUGGAGAUGGGCAACAACAUCGUCGUCUUGCAGCUAAAAAACCGACCCAGAUCCUCCGGUGGAUCCUCUGAAGAUAUUCAGUGACAAACUGUUGAAUAUUGAUUAAAUAUGUUCAGCUGAUUGUGACUUUAACAUCCAGUAUAUAUGUUAAUAAGAUGAGCUCAUAUCCAGGAAACAUUUGGUUUAGCUCAGUGUCACUGAGGUUCUGUUCACCUGAAAGAGAUGCGCUGUUUGUUCUGAAGGUGAAUAAAGGUUUGACAUCAUGA